AUGGCAGAAAGCCUAAACGACUUUAUAGCAGGUUAUGUGAGCGGCGUAGCAGGUCUGCUGGUUGGGAGUCCUUUGGAUAUCCUAAAGGUCCGUCUACAAACGUAUUCGCCCGGAUUGUCAAAACCGUCUCUUUCAGAAAUGAUAAAGACAGAAGGUGUAGGUGUAGCCUCUCCGAUUGUAGGUCUUGCAUUCUUAAAUUCAAUUCUUUUCGCAUCGUAUGGUGGCAUCCUCCGGUUGUUUUCAACCUCGGUUUCUAAUGAUCAACCUACGUUGACAGAAGUAUACGUUUCCGGUUUUGGUGCAGGUGUCGCCUGCUUUUUGGCAAGUACUCCCACAGAGCUCGUCAAGUGCAAAACGCAAGUAUUGCGAGAGAGAAAACCAAAAGACGGUGUCAGAGAUCAAACAACUUCCUGGAGUGUAUUCAAGACUGUUUUGAGGCAAGAAGGCAUAAGGGGCCUUUUUCAGGGCGGAUGGAUAACUAUUAUAAGAGACGCGCCAGGUUAUGCGGUGUAUUUUUGGACAUACGAAGGUUUGAAAAGGACAUUGGGCGUCAGUCAGUCUUCAGGUCUCGAUGACAUUAACAAUGUCUCCCGUCUACUGUUUGCCGGUGGUAUGGCUGGACUUUUAUCCUGGGCAAGCGUAUAUCCACUAGAUACCAUAAAGUCGCGUAUCCAAACGCAAAACCGUCUAUCAUCAGUCAACAGAGAACAAGAACCAAUAAUACGUCAUUCGAGUCAAUCACCGAUACUUAAGCAGCCCGUCUCUGAACCGUACAAGGGCGUAACUGAUUGUAUAGUGCGAUCGUAUCGUGCAGAAGGCAUCCGUGUAUUUUUUAGAGGAAUCACGCCGACGCUGUUGCGCGCAUGGCCUGUUAAUGCGGUGUUUACAAUUUUAUUGCGAAUAUAUGGUUUGUAA